AUGCCAAUACAAUUCAUGACUUCCCCCAAGUAUCUGUUGACUUCUGAAUCGGUGACCGAAGGCCACCCGGACAAGCUGUGCGACCAGAUUUCUGAUGCAGUGCUGGACGCGGCUCUGUCCGGCGACAAGAUGAGCCGUGUCGCCUGUGAAACCGUUGCCACCAAGAAUCUGGUGAUGGUUACCGGUGAAAUUACGACGGGGUCUAACCUGGACUUCAAUGAAAUCGCCCGGCAGGUGAUGAAGGACAUCGGUUAUACCGACGUCAAAUAUGGGCUGGAUGGAAAUUCCUGUGGCGUGAUAGCCCACGUCAGCCAACAGUCACCGGACAUCAGCAGCGGUGUAACUACUUCGUUGGAGCACCGUGGUGAAUCGGAAGCUGAUGCCCGACGGGCCACCGGAGCCGGCGACCAGGGGAUGAUGGUCGGCUUUGCAUGUAACGAAACCGAGGAACUGAUGCCUUUGACCGUGGACCUGUCUCACCGGCUGGUGGAACAAUUGUCCAAGGUGCGAAAGGACGGGGUGCUGCCUUACCUUGGUCCCGACGGCAAGUCCCAGGUUACUGUUGAGUAUCGCCACGGCAGGCCACACCGGGUCGAUGCCGUCGUGAUCAGCACGCAGCACGAGGACCAGAACGAUCGAGAGGCAUUUACCAAGCAGCUUCGGAAGGACAUAAGGCAGCAUGUCAUUGACCCUAUAGCCGGCGAGUACAUGGACGAUGACACCAAGAUUUACGUCAACCCCAGCGGCUGGUUUGUCGUGGGUGGGCCGCAGGGUGACACCGGUCUAACCGGCCGCAAGAUUCUAGUGGACACUUACGGCGGCAUAGCCCGGCAUGGUGGUGGCGCCUUCUCCGGCAAGGAUCCCACGAAGGUGGACCGUUCCGGAGCCUACGCCGCACGUUACGUGGCCAAGAACCUGGUUGCCGCCGGUUUGGCCGACCGGGUUGAGGUCAUCGUAUCCUACGCCAUCGGUGUUGCCGAGCCCAUUUCCGUUUCGGUUGAGACCUUUGACACCAACCACCUGGACAACGACCGUAUUGAGGACCUGGUCCGGGAGAACUUCGACCUUCGCCCCGGCGCCAUUAUUGAGGACCUCAGCCUGCGGCAGCCUAUUUACCGCCAGACGGCUGCUUAUGGACAUUUCGGCCGAAGCGAUAUGGAUCUACCCUGGGAGCGUACCGACAAGGCUGAGAUGCUUAGGAAGAAGGCAGGUCUUUAA